CUGGCCCCGCCCCGCCCGCCCAUACCGCUGCCGGGGGACGCAGCGCUUCCUUUCUGCGCUCGAGCUCGUGGUGGCGGCAGCAGGUGCGCCCUCGACAUGCAGAACGACGCCGGCGAGUUCGUGGACCUGUACGUGCCGCGGAAAUGCUCCGCCAGCAACCGCAUCAUCGGCGCCAAGGACCACGCGUCCAUCCAGAUGAACGUGGCCGAGGUUGACAAGGUGACCGGCAGGUUCAACGGGCAGUUCAAGACCUACGCUAUCUGCGGGGCCAUUCGCAGGAUGGGCGAGUCUGAUGACUCCAUCCUCCGGCUGGCCAAGGCCGACGGCAUCGUUUCAAAGAACUUCUGACGGGAGAAGACCACGGCUGGGGGACAUUUGUCGUAAAUAAACAGUAAAACCCA